CAUAGCGCCACGUUGGUUUACCAACAAACAUGGCGCACAGCCCGUCUCGUGUCUUUGCUACAGUUUCACCGAAUGCUGGUGAUGUUUACCGAGACGAAAACGAAUCGGUGUUUAAACGGGGACGCAAGCAAACACCUUUACACGCUCAAAGCAACGCAAGAGUGGUUCAGAUGACGGGCUGUGCGGAGUUAUCGUGUCCUCCGGACCGCGCCACCGUCACCAUCAGCGUCAAAAACAGUAAAGAAAAUGUUAACGACGUGACUAAUAGCGUUACCCGAAGACUGGAGUACAUACUACAGACUGUGAGACAGCAUGAUGUCAAGGAAGAAAACAUCACUGUGGCCAAGCAUUUACAAAGAGAGGAAGAGCUCUUCCACAUGCAAGCUGAGGUGCUUGUGGUGUUUUCAGACUUUGAGAAGAUGCAACAAGCACGCUCAGUUUUGAUUGAAAAACUUGACAAAAUCGUGUGUGUUGGUGACCCUUACUACAGUCACAGUGCGGAAAGUCUCAGUUUGUUAAGACGGCGAGUAUGUUUGGAAGCUGUGGACAACGCCCGGCUAAAAGCCAGCGAGGCGUGUUGCAUUCUGGGACAAGCUCUGGGACGGCCGCUGCUUGUACGCGAGGAGGAAUCACGAGAGUGGACCAGCGGCCAGCAUGAAGUGACUGGCUCUCUUCUAACACUACACCAGAAGACUGGGGUUACAUUAGUCUCUGCCUCUUCACACGUGUUUGUGACCUUUGAAUUGCGUCCGAAGGAAAGCAACAGGAGGAAAUUUUGAAUAUUUUGUGUCUGUUUAGCGGUAAUAAUGGUACAUGUAAUUCCUUUUAUUUGCUGUUUUAACCUGUAAACACAUAGUCCUGUAAAGUAAGCACCAUAGAGGACCACCGAUAUUCACAAAAGGGCCUAAAAAUAAAGUUGCCACUUGUUCCUACUGUUGUUUUAACUUAAAAAAAGUCUCCAAAUUCCAGAAUAUAUUGAAUAGCACUGUGUGCAACUCAAAAGAUAAUGCUAACAUUUGUUUCAAACAUUGAUAGAAAACAACGUUAAAUUCGGAAAGAAAGUGUAAUUAAAUAGUUAAGAUGAGCCUGUGUUUGAAUAGAGAAUACAUGUAUAUUGAUGCAUGAAUGUGCCUUGCAUACAUAAUGGAUGACAUAAUUGUUUGUUUCUACAACAGCAUAUGUCUAGACAGGUGCUAGACAACUAGAAAGAUCUUAUUCACUGCCUCUAACAUGAUUUGUCUCUAAACUUAAACUUGCACUGGAUGUAGGGGAAAAUGUACAAUAGUGUGAAAUAUGCUACUUGUUUCUGUGAUGCUACACCCAUUUUUAUAUUCUCUUACACUUGCUUUGUCAGAUGAUCUAUCUUGACACUAAACAGGCCAUUCAUAUACCCUGCUCUGCCUCAUUUAAAAUAUAAAGGUGAGUGUUUACCACCUGCCCUGGUAAUAGAUGUCAAUUCUUGCAUGACCUAAGCAGAUUAAUUUAGGCUUUGUGAAAAUCCAUUAGGAGGAAAAUCUAGGAAAACACUGUAGGGUUUGACGCAGCAGCUACUUUUGUAGAUAGACAAGGAAAUAAACUAAAAGCAAAGAGGACUGUAUAAACAGAACAGCCUGAUGAUCAUCAACAACUAGAGGGGACAUGAGAUACAGACUGUAUCAUACAGUCAGGUCUUAGGUCUGAUUUAAAUUAAAUUAAGAAACGUGGUGUCAAAGUGGAUGUCUAAGUAACUUGAUUAAUUUAGCCUAAAAGACAGCAAGCAGGCAAUAAAUAAACCAUUAAAAAACACAAUGGGUGGGAAAAGACCACAAACAUGAGCACAAAACAAUAAUGAUUACAAGCAUCUCUAGACAGACGAUAUUGGGUAGUGAGAAAAAAAAUCAAAGACUGAAAAUCAUAAAGAGAAAACGGGGUUUAAAACACAACAUAAGCCACACGCAAACUGUCAAAAGAAUCAAA